UGAAUACACUAAAGUCUCAUAGAAAUAAAGAUUACUGGGUGUUUCUUCGUAUACAACGGCACCUCUUUCGCCCAAGCAAGUUUUUGUUGCUUUGCGUAUCUCUUUCGCGUACUACUUAGGGAAGAAGCCGCUUCAAGCGCAGCCUGUCCGAAUGAACAGGUUAAAAAUCACUACGAGUUUACCCAAAGGAGGACUGUUUUAAGGGCCUACAGUUUGUUCAAUUCAAUUUAUGCAAUUAAUUUCUUAAAAUACACGUACAUUUGCUAACACAUGCAUUUCGCGAUAAGCUGUUUAAAAGUUGUGUCUGUUAGCUGGUCGCACCUGGUCACACAGUCGAAAAGCCGUGCGAAAAUCGAGAAAUUCAUAAAACCCGGAGGAUAUGCAGUGGUAAUUGCGGUGUAAUCCUCCGGACCGCCAUGCUGUUGUGCUGUGCGGAUUGUAGCGGCAUUUGUCAGUAGCAGCUGUUGCAGUUGCCUAACGCACAAAAGUGCGAAUCCUCACGAUGACACCCUUUGAUGACUUUGUCUAUCUAAUCAAUCAUGUGCUGCUGGGCGAGGAGCCGACCAUCGAGGACUUCAUACUGCUGGUGGGCACCCUGGUGGCAUUUAUAGCCUUUAUCCUUUGGUGCUGCUUUCCCAUACAGCCUAAGCAGGAGCGUGGCCCUCAUCGUCAAUUCACCUGCAAGAUUAUCCAGAAUCCCAUUAAGGCCUUUGACGCCUCCACCAGCACCGACGACGCACCCAUUCCGGGAGGUGGCUCCGGAAUUGGCAGCUCCAUGUCCAACAUGCAGUAUAAUGGCAGCAGUGGCAGCGGAAGCUAUAGCAAGAAUGGUACUGUUGCCAUGCACAAUUACUACGUUAAGAACGGUCACCAUUGCUGCACCUAAUAAUGGGCAUUCCGACUAGCGAUUGAACAUGUCCUGAGAUGGACAGCGUGUUAUGGUUUACACACGCCGCCUUUAGUUAUCAUUUACUAAGCACAGCCAUCCAUAUGCGGAGGCAUAUCAAUUGAGCUUUGUGCCAAUGGGUUAGGAGGCAGCUUAAAGUUGCCAUUUCGCAAUUGCGGCAUAUUUGGAAUUUCUGAAUUGUAAUUGCUCAGACUGAUUUGUUUAUGGAACGUAAAAGGGUUGAGAAGAAUAAGGAAUAAAUGAUGGGACAGGUGGCACGAGCAUACGGUGCAGCCUCCGAGAACCCCUGAAAGUUUCAAAGACUGGAAGUUUCAAAGACUUCCUUGAUUUCUAUAUAUGUUUUAUGCAUUUGUUGAAAUAUGCGUGUAGUAUGCGUAUUGUGUUAAAAAAAAUGGGCGUACAAACCAACUAAUUCUAAGUAUUUUUUUGUGUGAACAAUAUGAUUAGUCCCAGAGAAACUCCAAGACAACCCAAUGCGUGCAAACAAAAACAAAGUCCUUUAUUAAACUUAUUUAUAUUUAGUGGUAAUGGAGACAUAAAGUUUCCCAUAUAUUUACAUAUGUACUUAUAUAUCUUUAAGAUAAAUAGUGUACACGCCUAGAUACACACCAAUUAAUUAACUUGGGUAUCGUUCCACGAAUUUUGCAUAUUGGAUGUGUAUUAAGGUGUACUUGAUCUCAUUCAAUGAUAUUAUUUGUGAUGUAACAACUUCAAGGUAAUUUAAAUUAUUCCCCAAUGCGAAUUUGUAAAUCCCCUGAAAGAAACUAAAAGCCUAACGACAGACCGCAACCCAA